GUUCUUAAGAGACGAUUUCGCCACCUCGUUUACUUCUCCUUUCGAAUUCGAUUGACCCCUCUCUCUCUCUCUCUCUCUCUCUCUCGCGUUUGAAUCAGAGUCCUCAGACCCUAGCACCAAAGAUCGAGUGUUUUCUCGAUCCCUCGUCGAAGCCCCAAGCUAGUUCGAUCUCGCAGCGGGAUCCGACAGGAUGUGGCCGAAGUACGCCAAGGGCGUGGACUUGGAGUCCGGCGGACCGAGUGCGCUGUAUCCGGGCAUGAUCGAGAGCCCGGAUCUCCGGUGGGCGUUCAUCAGGAAGAUCUACAUGAUCCUCACCGUCCAGUUGGCGCUGACGGCGGCCGUGGCCGCCGUCGUCGUCUCUGUCAAAUCCAUCUCCCACUUCUUCGUCUCCUCCAGUGCCGGAUUGGGCCUCUACAUCUUUCUCAUCAUCCUGCCAUUCAUCCUUCUGUGUCCUUUGUACAUCUACCGAGAGCGGCAUCCUGUGAAUCUUCUUCUCCUUGGAUUGUUUACGUUGUCGAUAAGCUUCGCCGUCGGGAUGAGUUGCGCAUUCACGAGUGGAAAAGUCAUUUUGGAAGCCGCUAUCCUCACUACGGUGGUGGUGGUCAGUCUCACUCUGUACACGUUCUGGGCUGCUCGGAGGGGCCAUGACUUCAACUUCCUUGGCCCCUUCCUUUUUGCUGCUGUCUUGGUAUUGCUGGUUUUUGGUCUCAUACAGAUUCUAUUUCCGCUUGGAAAAAUUUCGGUCAUGAUAUACGGUGGGCUAGGAGCAAUAAUCUUCUCUGGCUACAUCAUAUACGACACUGACAACCUCAUCAAGCGCUUUACCUACGAUCAGUAUGUCUGGGCAGCUGUUUCUCUUUACCUCGACGUCAUCAAUCUGUUCCUUUCAUUGCUUACUUUGCUCAGGGCUGCUGAUAGUUGAGAAACCACAUGCUCCACCAUUCAACAAAGUAAAAUGUAUCUGUUUGGCACAUAUCAAUGAGCUUAGCAUACAUAUUAUGUAAGGCACAUGAUGCACCAUACUGUAUGUUAAUCGGCAACAUGUGUUAUCUACUGCUUUUUCUUUGUUAGAUCCAGCAGAACUAAGAUAAUGUGUCGUUAGUAAAAGUUCUUUAUACUUGUUGAUGUGAGGUUUCUAAGAACAUUUAUUGGCACCUCAAAGUGAUUGCUUCCGGAAUCUGAUUCCAGAUUGUUUAUGCUUA